UACACAUCUAAAUCCGGAAAAAAUAUGCCUGCAGGGCGGGGUUAUGAAUGUGACUGCAAAAAUAGAUGUACAAGUAAAAUCUCAGUCGAAGAAAAAGCAAACAUUCUUGAUAAAUUUAACAACUUGGCUGAUAAAAAUGUGCAAGAUUCCUAUCUUUUUGGAUUAAUAACAGUGAGGCCUGUUGCAAGAAGGCGACCAGAUAUUAUGAAAAAGCGACUUUAUGGAAAGGGCCAUCCGAUUGAAGAUAUCUUAACUGAUGCUGAGUUAAUUCAAGCAUCAAAACGAAACUCAUCCUUUCAUUAUAAGGUUAGUUGUUAUGCAAAUACUUAUUUACUGACGUAG